CACACAUUUAAUCGAAAAAGGCAUCAUUAAGUGUGUGCACUUCAAACAAAAUGUCUUCAAGAACCAUUUCUUUAGUCGCUGUGUUAGCUCAGAUCGUGUUCUGUUGCUAUGGGAUUCCAAUUCUCAACCCUGGGAGCGUAGGGCCUAGUGUUUGUUCCACGCUGAGCCCAAGUGGAAUAUCUAACCUGGAUCCCAGCAGCCUCUUACCGAACGCUUCACCUCUGCAACUCUCCCUGCUGAACCAAUGCCGGGAAUCCAGCUCCAACAUCGUCCUACCAGGGUCUCCAUGUGGAAACCCUUACAACACCUACUUGCCUGGCUCCAGCCUUUCACCCAAUGCUUAUGCCACCCUCAUGGCAUCGUCACAGCCUCUUAUAGAGAGCAUAUCCAACGCUGGCCUCCUCACUGUGUCCAGCUAUUCGCCGAUAGCUCCUACAGGCGUCUCCAUCACCGCUGAGAAUCUGGUGGCAGAUGGCAACGUGGUGGUCUCUGGUAAUUUACCGUUCCUUGGUGCUGUCAAUGUAGAUGGUAACUUACCGACCGCCGGCCAGGGUGCGGUUGUGUACAACUCUGCUCCUGGAGUUGGGUUGUCGUCAUCUGGGUGCACUGACAUCGGGGGAGUCAACCUCGGGUUGAACGUUGGACUCAGCCCGGCUAAUGCGGCUCUCUUAAACGGAGUCCCAUCCUCAGUUCUAAACUCUGCCAACCUGAAUAACCUAGCGUACAACAGACUAGGCACAGGUUUAACUUAUAACACUCUUGUCGAACCCUGUGGUUGCAAGUAAUUUAAAGAUUGUUAUUAUAUUAUUUUAAUAAUAAAUGUUAUGUCGUUACCUGUU